AUGCAGCGCAAAAGUAUCCCGGGGACUCUCUUGAUGCUGCUAGCGAUUCUACUUCUUGUAACCGGCACUUUCGCACGAUCGUGGAGAGCUGGUGACGAAUGCCCCUCGACCAUUAAAGUUUCGAUUCCAGGCGGUCGUUACUAUCGUGAUGAUGAACCUAAGAAGCCGUUACUCGAUACAAUGGCGUCAGUCCAUGCCGCUUUGACGACUUGCCCCAACAUCACAUCCCUUGACCUCCGGGUUUCGUUGCAAGGCUGCAGCAAUUGGCCUGACCGCUGGUCAUUUCCCUUCUCGCUGCCUGGCGGAGAGACCUAUCCCGCCCUUCGACAGAUCCGUCUGGAGGGAUAUAGAUUUGAUGACCGCCCGGUAGACGAAACUGGGUGGCCAAAGGGCUCAUAUCUUCCAUGGUAUGAGAAGUCUUUGGACUGGGUGUUCUCUGGUAACGCCAUGCGUGCCCUGAGGUACCACAUGCUUCCCAGAGAGCAAAGAGAAAAGAACAACAUUCAGCUCUGGCUUGACGCGAUGGACUGGAGUCAAGUGGAGGAGUUUGCAUUCCUCGGUCAUCAACAACCAGACACUGUUUCAGCUCUCCUGAACUCAACACAGGGCGUCAUGCCGGGGCUUCGACGCGUGGAACUUGGCAGGGGACAACCAUGGUCGACACUUCAGUUCCUGCUGAAUGUUGAGCGCCAUUCCUUGACACAUCUGACCUCGAUCGAUAGCUUCAAUCGGAAAACACCCUUCGCCUUGCGGGAGGUCCAGGGCGAUUCACUGCAACAUAUCGAUUUGCACACGGUGGAGACGACUCUCGUGGAAAGUCCGGCAUACACAGCCACUGAGCUAGAGCAUUUCAAGCAUAUGCCCAAUCUCACUCACCUGUCUCUCAAUAUUGCGCGAAACGGGACUUGGCUAUUCGAAGAGCUAUCUGCCAUUUCCCAGAUCCCUUCACUACGAACUGCAGAGUUAUGGCUGGACAUCACCUCCAUGUGCCGUAAGCAGAAAGUUGACAAUGGCCAUUACAACGUGGAAGAUCCGAAUUGCAAAGGGAGGGAUCAAUACCUGCUGCCGUACAUCAACGAGACAUCGACUCUAGAGGUCUUCAAGUUUCUUAGAGCUAAGAAGAUUGGCGAGGAGCUCACUAAUGUGACCUUCUGGGGUGGAGACUGGAGCAGGCCAUGGGAUGGGCCCGUAUACUCCCCACCUUGGAUCGAGGGUCGAAAAGUCAAGGUUCUCUGUACCAACGGAAAGGAAGAGCAUGGGUCAGGAGAGGAAAAUUGCACAGUCCUGACUGGGGUAGAGUAUUGGGAUCAGAAGGCACGGUGGUAUGAGGAUGUAGACGAGAUGUGGCUCAAUGAUUCGGAACAGUUUUAUUAA